GGAGAAAUGAGUGACAUCAAAUUCCGACCGGAAUUGAUGAAGACAGAUGUGGAGAGUGCAAAUGAUGUCAGAUGGGUCAUAGGAAUUGUCAAGAAGCAAAACAUUGACGAGUUCAGAACAUUGGAGAAAAAAUUAUUUUUAUCAAAAACAAAGAAUAUUGCUUCGCAAAUCUUACCUCAUAUCGUGUCGGUGUAUGGUUCAACAAAAAUGAUCGAAUGCAUGCAGUAUUAUACUGGAAUCGAAUGGGAUGAAGAAUAUGAUAUCAUGGAAUACAUAUCAGAGGAUGCACUGAAGGGAUUAGCAGAAAGAAAAGUCUCAGCAUUAUACUUGGCAACAUUCAUGGAUAGAACAGAUAUAGCAUGCACACUGAUCAAAUGCUCGGGUGAAAAUAACAUUAGAUUCUGUUUUAGAACCUUGCAAUUAAGUAACCCCAUGGAAGAGGUGUUUAUGAUAGUGCUAGCCAAACAAUUGAAGAUGAAACAUUCUGCUCUCAAACCUGCUGUCAUUCCAGGGCAUCGCGAGAAGGAUGGCAAGCGCACUCGAGUUUACAUUGUAUAUUCAGUACAUAUAACUCCUGAUUACAUUGAUGAACUUGAUGACAUUGGUUUGGUAAUGUUUAGAAAUCCAUACAUAUAUACUUUAGAAGGGGAACGCAACACAAAGAAAUUGAUUUCACCUGAAGAUGCAAAACGAGCUAAAAAAGCUACAUCAAAGCACCAGGAUAUGCUUUGGAAAAAUCAUAGUAACUUAAACAUAAUCAGUGUCAGCCCUUUGAUAUACAGGGAAAACGGAGCCAAAAUCAUCGACAAACCUUGCAUCGAACUGUAUUGUAGUACAAAAGGUGUAGUGCCACUAGGGGAACUAGAGUUUCCAAAGCAGUUAUACGUAGAUGAAGGAGACUAUAUAGAUGUGGAUGUACAUGAAGGUUACUUCAUGCUUGGUGGAUAUGAUUCAAUACCUAGUAUUGUCCGUCACCCUACCCUCAAGAUGGGUUGCGAUAUCGGAAGAUCAACAGUCGAUGCAUCAGGACAACCACCUUCCUUUACCAGUGGCACACAUGGUCCCUUCGUGAAGUUCAACAACAAGAUUGGCUUCCUCACUUGCGCACACGUAGUGUUUAAUGAUCCAAGCACAUCGCCAUAUAAUGAUUACCAAUACGAUGGAAAUGAUAAAAUUGAAGUGACACAACCCAGCGUCGAUGUAAAAAUGUUCAAAGAUCCAGCAUGCGGGCAUGUCCACAGAGCAAUUUUUAAUCCACAGCUGGAUCCAAGCGUUGAUGUCGCCGUCAUUGAAAUAACUGACCAAACAAGGAUCCCAACUACUGGCCAAUUUUCAAACACUAGACAAAGUAGUUAUGAAAGAACAGGGUUUGAGGAACUUCCGGAAUACAACAGUGGGUUAAUUCAAAUAGAUGUAAAACAUUUCAGCACCACGCACACAGUGUUCAAAUUUGGGAGCUCCACUGACGUCACAAGGGGGUUAUUAGAAGUUAAUAAAGUCAACGCAAGACCACUGUCAACAGUUUUGGACUUACCUAGUCAUUCUCGGAGUUUCCUAAUGACCAACCAGUAUCAAGUGUUUGGUUGCCAUCCCACCUUGACAUUUUGCACAGCAGGGGACUCUGGCUCAGCGGUUUUCAUGAAAAGGCCUUGCGGUGAUUUGGUCUGUAUCGGAAUGGUUAUCGGAUACAUGAAUGUGAAUACAAACCCACAUCCCUGCGCAGUUGUUACACCUAUCGGUGCAAUAUUAAACGCACUGGGACCAGAAUAUUCCAUAGCAUCAUUUCCAUGAUGAAAAACCUGCAUUGAUCAUAUAAUCAAUCAUACUGUUGUUUGUUGUUAUAACAACUAGUUUGACUUCAUAAACCAUAACUUCUGUAGAUAGACAAUGUAAUAUUCAAUGCCAUUUUUAGCUCACCUGCCCGAACGGCAAGUGAGCUUAUGCCGUGGUGUGGCGUCC